AUGCAGGGCCCGGUUCCGCCGCCUUCUCCGCUCCCAAUUCCACCACCUUGGCCCGGCACAACCAACUUCCAGGUGCGAGCGAUGAUGCAGGAAGCCCGUACGGGUCCGCCAUGGUUGAUUUGUGGGCUUGCUUCGCAGGAGUUCCUGGAUUAUUACUACGGCUAUCAACGUCGGCCCCUGAGCCACGCCGAACAUGUGGAGGCCGAGGUACGAGCCAUUCACUGCUGAUUGCAUGUUGUCACUGGCAAUGGCUCUUGUGCUGUGAUUUGAAGGAGAUGAAGCCUACGGGAGGGGCGCUGAAGAAUGUGGACAUGAAUGAUGCCGCGUCGAUGCUGCAAAAGCUGGAGACAAGUAGGCGACAAAUAGGGGCGCGCCGAGGAGAAGACUAUGCAUGUUCUCCCUCUGUGUGUGUCUGCAGCGCUGCAGCAACUGCGAGAGGUGAACGCAGUGGAGGACCUGGUACGGACAGAUAGAGGGAGCGAGCCGGUAUGAACGCCCCACCCAUUGCCGUGUGUUUUGCUGCUCAGAUGAACUUCGAGACAUCCCGUCACUCCAAUAAGGACGUCGUGUUUAUCGCCCCGCUUAUGGCAAAGAACAGUGUUUCGCGUACGGAAUUCGAAGAGCUCUACAGGACAGUGGAACGUCUGCAGAAAGAGGAGUUCGAUAUCGGCCCCGGCCAUAUUUUACCCUAUUAUGGCCCGGAGCUGUUUGACGUCUAUUCUAAUAAUGACACCAUCAGUUGCCUCCAAGCCUUCCUGCAUGACACAAUCCCUCUGAGUCGCAAGCGUUUGACAUAUAUGCUUCGUCCAGCAGGACUCUUGCGGCCUCUGCAGUGCUUUGUCUUCCAACAUUUCUACAUCAGGGUCCGCUCACCCGAGACCUUCCAACCUGUAAGGCUGAGCUUGCGGGCAGAUAUCGUGUAUGAAGAUAUGAGGGACGUCUACGCCUCAACCGACCUUCUCGUUCGCCUCAGCGGCAGAUCGUUGAUGUAUUCCGAGUCAUUUCGUGAGGAAUUCUUUGCUCGUCAGGAGGCCAAGAAAGGACAAGCCAAUUAUGCACCGAUUAUCAAAUCGGCGUUCCAGACCUUUCAUGAGCUUAGCAAGCACCAUUGUCUUCGGGAUCCUUUCAAUUUCUUCGGCAGCAUCCUGUUCUUCAACCCUUUUACAAGAUAUAUCGAGAUCUGGAAGGUGCCUACAGUUCGAUCGCUGAAAUCACUUCUUCGCACCCUCAAUCGUAUUCUGAAUGCGAGGACAAAAAGAAAGCUUCUCAAGGCUGCCCACGACAUCAAUGUUCUUAAAACUCCAUCGAAAGAGAGGGGAAAUCGCGUCUCAGCGAAUCAGAGGCGCAUUCUUGACCUCAAUGACGUGAAGCGAAUUGAAGAGCUACGAGUUGCAGCAGGCCCAACGACAAUCAAGCAAGGAAACCAGGUCGUAGCGGAGCUUGCUGCUUUCUCUAUUCGCCAGGCCGACAAAUCCAGAGGUCAUUUUGAGAGCAGAAGCCAAAAGCUGUUCUUCAAGAUCCUCCAUGACAAGUCAGAGCAGAAAAGACCACUGCAAUAUGUAAGUGAGAAAGUGAGCAGGUCAUUGAAUAAACCAUCAUGCCAAACUGACGUCUUGUUUUGUCCUGCCAGCUUUUUUCUGCCGCUGUCAAUGAACGGGUUGCACAACCCAUUCUUGGGCAUCCGCAGAUGCGUGGACGGGCUGAGCUUCCCCUGGAAAGCUCUGACUGGAUCGUCUUAAAAGCUGCGACUAUGUGCAACGAUACCUGUUCAUCCCGUGCCCCAGAGUGUGAGAAAACACCAAAGAGGAUAAGCAUGCUGGCCACCGUGGAGACUCUAUCUAUCAACCGCCUCAAGGGCCUGGCCAGCGAAGCGGCUUUAUUCUCUCUUGACGUGAGCGCUGUUUGCGUGGUCACAGAUCUAUUGGAGAAAUGCAGAUCGAUAUAGAGGAGUUGAUACAGGUGUAUUCUAUGUGUGUGGCACAGAAUGUAUUUAUCUUUCCUUUCGGUAACGUCAUAGCGGCCUUUGAUUCCCUUUAUCAACGUCUUCGAUCCACUCUUGAGUCGGCGAUAUACAUAUAUGAGCGCCAAAAAGAGCGAAUGGAGAUACGAAGGAGACAGGUCAGAAUAUAAAUGAAUGUGGUGGGUUGUCAUUCAUAGAUGAGCACAUCCUUGUCUCUUCCCUCUGUGUACACCUGUAUGUGUGCCUACAGU